CUAGGCGGUUGCAUUCAAAACUAUCCCGGGAACGGUCCAACUGAGUCGCUAAACCUCAUUUACUAACCUCAUUUACUCAAGGUGGCCGGGAGCUACUAAGUGGCAUUAAUUGGGACGAUGGUAUAUUGUUGCGAUUGUUAGUUAAAGUGGAGACGCGUAUGUAAUAAAACUAGUUGUAUAAUAUGUAGGUUGAAACAAGGGCACAAGCGCAUGAAACAGAAGAUCCAAAGAUGAAGACAAGGAAGCAAAAGGUAAGUGAGCAAACAGAACAACAAUCCCCAACUAAGAAAGCGAAGCAAGAGAAUAAGAAUGAGAAUGAGAACGUCAAGACUACUAAUGGAAAACCAACUUCUAAAGAGUAUGAAGAGUUUUGCAAGGCUAUUACAGAUACUCUUUCUAUUGACCAAAUUAAGGAGAUUCUUCAAGUUAACGGUCAGGACCCUUCGUCUAUUCCUGAUGAGACCCUCAUUUCUCAAUGCCAAGACUUGUUAUAUUAUGGAGCACUGCUGGAAUGCCGGGCAUGCGGAGGCAAUUUAGUAUUCAAUGGAAAUAGUUACUCUUGCACCGGGGCGCUGAGUGAAUGGUCUAGUUGCACCUACAAGACCAAAAAUCCUCCUAGGAAGCAAGACCCUAUCAAGUUACCAGACUCAGUUAUGAAAUCUCCAAUUUCAGAUUUGCUGAAGAAGUACCAGGAUCCAAAGCAGCGUCAUCAUAAGGAAAUACCUCCAGCUGAUAAGCCUUUCACAGGAAUGGUGAUGUGUUUGUCUGGUCGACUUUCUCGAACUCAUCAAUACUGGAAGAAAGAAAUUGAGAGGCAUGGAGGCAAAGUGGCCAAUACAGCUAUCGGUGUGUCGUGUUUAGUUGUUUCUCCUAUGGAAAGAGAGCGUGGUGGUUCAUCAAAAGUCUCCGAAGCAAUAGAAAGAGGCAUACCCGUGGUACGCGAAGCAUGGUUGAUUGACUGCAUCGACAAACAAGAGCUACAACCUUUAGAGUCCUACGAUUGUAUUUCUGAUCGAUCUGCUUACGGCAAAGGAAUUCCAUGGGACAAACAGGACUCCAGUGAAGAAGCCAUUGAAUCCCUCACUGCUGAGCUGAAAAUGUAUGGAAAGAGGGGUGUCUACAAAGACACAAUGCUCCAGCAACAAGGAGGAAAGAUCUUGGAGAAAGAUGGGUUACUCUACAACUGCGGUUUUUCUCUUUGCGACCAAGGGCGCAACAUCAACGAGAUUGCUAUUACACAGCUGAUAACGGUACCUGAGCAAAAGUUAUAUCUUUAUUACAAGAGAGGCAAGACAGGAGAUGAUCCUUCAGCAGAAGAGAGGCAGGAAGAAUGGGACAGCCUUGAUGACGCCAUAAAGGAAUUCGCUCGGCUUUUUGAGGAAUUGACGGGAAAUGAGUUCUUACCGUGGGAGAAAGAGAAGAAAUUUCAGAAAAAACCACAAAAAUUUCAUGUCAUAGAUAUGGAUGAUGGAGUUGAGGUGAGAUAUGGUGGGUUGGCGCUGCGGCAACUAGGAGCUGCUGCUGCACAUUGUAAACUAGAUCCUGUGGUUGCAAGUUUCAUGAAAAUUCUAUGCGGUCAAGAGAUUUAUAGGUAUGCUCUGAUGGAGAUGGGACUGGAUUCGCCAGACUUACCGAUUGGGAUGGUUACUGACCUGCAUCUUAAACGAUGUGAAGAUGCUUUAGUGCAAUUUAUAGAGAAGUUGAAAUCACAGGAGCAGGAAGGGCCAAAGACUGAAGCACUCUGGUCGGAAUUCAGCUCGAAAUGGUUUACCCUUGUGCAUUCCACCCGACCUUUCAUCUUCAAGGAUGUGCUAGAACUUGCUGAUCAUGCCGCAGCUCCUCUAGAAGCGGUUAGGGACAUAGUCACGGCUUCACACCUAAUAGGUGACAUGAGUGGUUCAACAUUGGAUGAUCCUCUGUCGGAUCGUUACAAAAAGCUCGGGUGCAAAAUAUCCGCUCUCGACCAAGAGUCUAAGGAUUACAAAAUGAUAGUCAAUUACUUGGAGAAGACUUAUGAACCGAUCAGAAUAGGCGAAAUUAGUUAUGAUGUUUCUGUGGAGAAUAUUCUUGCUGUUGAUUUGAGCAGUGGACCAUCUUAUGAAGAGAUAAAGAAGCUGCCAAACAAAGUUCUGUUGUGGUGUGGGACUCGGAGUUCGAAUCUUCUGAGACAUCUACAAAAGGGUUUCCUCCCUGCAAUCUGUUCUCUUCCAGCUCCUGGCUACAUGUUUGGGAGGGCAAUCGUCUGCUCUGAUGCCUCAGCAGAGGCUGCAAAAUACGGGUUCACAGCAAUUGACAGGCCUGAAGGUUUCCUAGUACUAGCAGUUGCCUCUCUAGGAAAGGAAAUAAUUAAGGUUACUAGCCCACCGGAGGAUACAGAGUCUUUAGAGAAAAGGAAGGUAGGAGUGAAAGGUUUAGGGAGGAAGAAAACCGAUGAGAGUGAGCAUUUUGUUUGGAAAGACGACAUCAAGGUUCCUUGUGGGAAACUCGUCGUAGCAUCACCGGAGCCAAAAGAUAGCAUCCUGGACUUUAAUGAGUAUGCUGUCUAUGAUCCAAACCAAGUGAAAAUAAGCUUCUUGGUGGGAGUGAAGUACAUAGAGAAAAAUGUAGUAUAUGACGUGGCUGAAUGAAUGUGAAGAUGGCUUGCUCAAAUUGUUUUGUUUUUUGUGUUUCGUUUUGGUGUUUAGGCAGCUACAUAGAUGGUAAAUGAUGGGUGGAUAGAUUUUUGCCUUGUAGAUAGGCGAAUGGAUGCACGAUCCUCCCAAAGUUAUGGAACAAUUUGUAAUCUUCUGUGCAAACUUUUUAUAAUUAGGAGUAGUAUGAAAUUUAAGGUGUUUUGUUUUUCAGUUGUAGUUGUUAGUUAUG